CUCGCAUAGACGACUUAACCGUUCCUGCUGACCACAGCAGUAUGAAACGACUCUACUCAAUCAAGGACAAGGCCUUCAACGUUAAAUUCGAGGUCGACGUUCGCUAUGAACCUCAAGAGGGCAUUGGUAGUGGCUCAUUUGGCGUCGUCUGCUCGGCACUCGACACGAAAACCGGACAGAGGGUCGCAAUAAAGAAGAUCCCGAAAGUAUUCGACGUCGUAACGACCGCCAAACGAACCUAUCGCGAAAUCAAGAUCCUCAAACACUUCAAACACGACAACAUCAUCUCCAUACGGGACAUCAUGCGGCCGCCAGACCUAGAACAGUGGCAUGACAUCUACGUCGUCCUGGACUUGAUGGAGAGCGACUUGCAUCAUGUUAUACACUCGAAUCAGCCUCUAACCGACGAACAUCUGCGGUAUUUUCUCUAUCAGACGCUGCGCGGUGUGAAGUACAUGCACUCGGCUCACGUCUUACAUCGAGAUCUGAAACCGAGCAAUCUAUUGAUCAACGCCGAUUGCGAAUUGAAAAUUGGAGACUUCGGGAUGGCACGUGGUCUGGCCUCUACCCCGGAUGAGCACCGCACGUUUAUGACUGAGUAUGUGGCAACACGUUGGUAUCGUGCUCCCGAGUUGAUGUUGUCAUUGAGCCACUACACCACGGCUAUCGAUAUGUGGUCUGUCGGGUGUAUAUUUGGUGAGAUGAUUGCACGAAAGCAACUCUUCCCAGGAACUAACUAUCUUCAUCAGUUGCAGUUGAUUCUGUCUGUUCUGGGCACUCCCGCUCCUGAAUUUGUGAAUGGAAUUAAAGCGGAGAGAGUGAAGGCUUAUCUACAGCAGUUGCCUCAUAAGGACCCUGUUCCUCUUGCGAGUGUUCUCCCGACUGCUAGUGUCAAUGCUCUCCACCUGCUCACCAGAUUGUUACAUUUCAAUCCAAGUGAGCGAGUGUCGGCAAUGGAGGCUUUGUCACAUCCAUAUUUAGCAAAGUAUCAUGACGUCGACGACGAGCCCGUGUGUGUGCCGCCGUUUGAUUUUAGUUUUGAGAAUCAGGUAAUGACGAAAGACUACUUGAAAAAGGCACUAGAGGAAGAAGUGAUGGACUACCACCAGCCGAGACCAGCCGCCGCCGAAGUGGCUUCCAGUAUUCUCAAGUCGACUCUUUCUCAAAAGCUAAUGGAACGAGCAAAGGCAAAGGCUGUCAAACAGGCUGCAAGUCAAGCGAUUCCAUUAGAGCAGUCGACGUCUAGUGGUCAAAGUGAUAGUCAGAUGGAUCCGCUUGAUCCUGCUGUUACUCGGCAGAUGAAAUUAGACGCAAGCAAACGCCGUAAACGUGAACGACAGGCCGAGAAAAGGAGACAGAAACGAGAGGCUAACAAAGCAGCCGCCCUUCAAGAAAAACUUCAUCCUCCUCUAACUAACGGAGACAAAGAAUUGUUGUCUCGUUGGCAGAAGAUGAGAGAACAGAAGCAGACAUCCCAACCUGCAUCGUCUGUCUCUCAACGUCGGCUUGUACCGAUAGCUCCAGCUCCUGCUCUACCAACAACUGCCGGAAUAAUUAAUCUGGCAUUGGCUGCAAUUUCAGUUCCGGUAGGGUCACUGACAGUCGUAAGGAGUGAUUCUCAAACACAGCCACUGCUUCCUCUCGAUGUAGUAGCCAAGCACAUUUCAACCAAUGGUCAGUCAAUCGGCCAAUCAACUAUUUCAUUAGUAAAUUCCACACCCGCUUUUCAGUCAGGGACUGUAACACUUCAGCAGCCCAUCUCUACUGCCUCAUUUUAUCCACCAAUGUCGGCAUCAAACAGUAUGGACACACUGAGUCGGCCUCCUGUUUCUACUGGAACUGUAACAACCGAUUCCAAUUCUCAUCAGUCGUUUGGUGUAGUCACAUCUCCAACAGUGUCUAAUGGACAAGUUACCUCUACAGUAGAUACGAGUCAGUUGUCUGGUGGUGAUGAUUCGGUAUUCGAUGAAUUACCUUUGCCUGACUUUGAUAAAUUGUCUCCUCAAGCAAAGCAGUUGCUGGCUCAACUCUCAGUAGAUAAUGGAGACAGAGAACCCGACUUGAUGCAGUUGCCUGAUAAUUUCUUUGAUCUAUUGGGUGUUGAUACAUCUCACUGCGAUUUACUAGAUCAGCCCUUAUUACCUAAUACUCCAAGUGGCUAUGGAGCAGGCUAUGGACUAGGAUUUGAUGUGGAGGAUUUCCUAUCACCGACACCAAAGAAGUCAAACACAGGAGAUGAUCCACUUUUGAUUUCAACUGCUGUUGAGCAAAGUGCUCCACUGAGUGCUUCUCUACUGAAUGACUGGUUGGAUGUUAGAAACAUAUCGCCCGAAGACAUGGACGCACUGCAACAGGAACUUGAAAUUGGUUCUGAUCUUGUGUUCCAAAGAGAGCACAAACACAGUUAA